AUGUUAGCUGUGGGGGCGAUGGAGGGCACCCGGCAGAGCGCGUUCCUGCUCAGCAGCCCGCCCCUGGCCGCCCUGCACAGCAUGGCAGAAAUGAAGACCCCGCUGUACCCCGCCGCGUACCCCGCGCUGCCCGCCGGCCCCCCCUCCUCCUCGUCCUCCUCGUCCUCCUCGUCAUCACCCUCCCCGCCUUUGGGCUCCCACAACCCAGGCAGCCUGAAGCCCCCGGCCGCGGGGGGGCUCUCAUCCCUGGGCAGCCCCCCGCAGCAACUCUCGGCCGCCACCCCACAUGGCAUCAACGACAUCCUGAGCCGGCCUUCCAUGCCCGUGGCCUCAGGGGCAGCCCUGCCCUCCGCCUCGCCCUCCGGUUCCUCCUCCUCUUCCUCGUCCACCUCCGCUUCCUCCGCUUCGGCCGCCGCGGCCGCAGCUGCGGCCGCUGCCGCCGCCGCCUCAACCCCAGCGGGGCUGCUGGCCGGCCUGCCCCGUUUCAGCAGCCUGAGCCCGCCACCGCCGCCGCCCGGGCUCUACUUCAGCCCCAGCGCCGCGGCCGUGGCCGCCGUGGGUCGGUACCCCAAGCCGCUAGCCGAGCUGCCCGGCCGGACGCCUAUCUUCUGGCCAGGAGUGAUGCAGAGCCCGCCCUGGAGGGACGCACGCCUGGCCUGCACUCCUCAUCAAGGAUCCAUUUUGUUGGACAAAGAUGGGAAGAGAAAACACACGAGACCCACGUUCUCGGGCCAGCAAAUCUUCGCCCUGGAGAAGACUUUCGAACAAACGAAAUACUUGGCGGGGCCCGAGAGGGCUCGCUUGGCCUAUUCGUUGGGGAUGACGGAGAGUCAGGUCAAGGUUUGGUUCCAGAACCGCCGGACCAAGUGGAGGAAGAAGCACGCAGCCGAGAUGGCCACGGCCAAGAAGAAGCAGGACUCGGAAACCGAGCGGCUGAAAGGGGCCUCAGAGAACGAGGAGGAGGACGACGACUAUAACAAGCCCCUGGACCCCAACUCGGACGACGAGAAAAUCACGCAGCUGCUGAAGAAGCACAAGUCCGGCAGCGGCGGCGGCGGCCUCCUGCUGCACGCGUCCGAGAACGAGAGCUCGUCCUGA